UUCCGGUUAGGCGGUAGAGUUUAUUUACAUUUCUCACCUACCCUGCGGCUGCCUUCCUCAGCUCAGGCUCCAAGAUGGGGAAAUCCUUCGCCAAUUUCAUGUGCAAGAAGGACUUUCAUCCUGCCUCCAAAUCCAAUAUCAAAAAAGUAUGGAUGGCAGAACAGAAAAUAUCAUAUGAUAAGAAAAAACAAGAAGAAUUAAUGCAACAGUAUCUUAAAGAACAGGAAUCAUAUGAUAAUAGGUUGCUUAUGGGAGAUGAACGUGUAAAGAAUGGCCUUAAUUUCAUGUAUGAGGCCCCACCAGGAGCAAAAAAAGAAAACAAAGAGAAAGAAGAAACAGAAGGUGAAACCGAAUAUAAAUUUGAAUGGCAGAAAGGAGCCCCACGAGAAAAAUAUGCCAAAGAUGACAUGAACAUCAGAGAUCAGCCGUUUGGUAUUCAGGUUCGAAAUGUGAGAUGCAUUAAGUGUCACAAAUGGGGUCAUGUUAACACAGAUCGAGAAUGUCCUUUGUUUGGUCUUUCUGGAAUCAAUGCAAGUUCAGUUCCUACUGAUGGCUCAGGGCCAUCUAUGCACCCCUCGGAGCUAAUAGCGGAGAUGAGAAACAGUGGGUUUGCACUGAAACGAAAUGUACUGGGGAGAAACUUGACCGUAAAUGAUCCAUCACAGGAAUAUGUUGCAAGUGAAGGUGAAGAAGAUCCAGAAGUUGAAUUUUUAAAGUCACUAACAACCAAACAGAAACAGAAACUUCUCAGGAAAUUGGAUCGACUUGAGAAGAAAAAAAAGAAAAAGAAAAAAGAUAGAAAAAAGAAAAAGCUUCAGAAAAACAGAAGUAAACACAAAAAACAUAAAAGCAAAUCCUCUUCCUCGUCUUCUUCCUCCUCCUCUUCUUCUUCCUCCUCCUCCUCCUCUUCUUCAUCCAGUGAGACUUCAGAAAGCAGCAGUGAGAGUGACAACAAAGAAAGAAAAAUACAAAAGAAGAAAAGAAGGAAAAAUAAAUGUUCAAGGGAUGACAACAGUGAUUCUGAAAAGGACAAGUCUAAGAAGAAAAAACUUUAUGAAGAACUUCCAGGCAGGCACAGUAACAAGGAAAAGUCUAGGUUUAUAAAACAAGAGAGUUCUGGGGAAACGAGCAAAUGGAACCAUUCUGAUUCUGAUAGAAAGGCCAGAAGCCAUUACCAUAGCCCAGAAAAGAGAGGAUCUGAACGAAAUGAGAAGAGCAGCAGGAGCCAAAGCAGAGAUGAGAGGCGGAGGAGAAGCCGAAGCAGAAGUCAUAGUAGUUACAAGCAAAGAGAAAUAAGAAAGAGGCUACAGCGAAGUCCUAGUGAAGAACAAAAUAGACGAAAAGACACCAGAAGCCAUGGCACAGAUAGAUAUAGAGGAGAAAAUAUGCACAGAGAACUCAGGAGAUAAGCAUACUAGUAACACACAAAGAAUGAAGCACAAAUAGAGUGAGAAUCAAGAGAGACCAUAUGGACAAUUGCCUGGGAAUAAAAAGAUCUCUACUUUCUUCUUAUUGAAUACCUUUAGCAAGGGCUAAAUUAUGUAUUAUUGUCUUUCUAAAAUAAAAACCAUGCUUUAAUUUUUUCAUCUCCAUAAACUAUAUAAAACUAUACCAGUACUAUAAGAAUAACCUUUGCAAAUAUUUGUAAGAAAUCUGUUUUGGGUUAUAAAAUAUUUUCUGUCUGUAAAUGUUUCCUAUCUAUACCUAUACUAAAUAAAAAACCUGUAUGGCUCUUGA